GCCCCCGUGGAGCAAAAUGAGAGCGCAGUGAGCCAGCUCAGCCUCUCCCCAGCCAUCCCCCGACGCCCACCAUGAACCACUUGGAGGGCUCCGCGGAGGUGGAGGUGCCGGACGAGGCGCCAGGAGGGGAGGUGAACGAGUCCGUGGAGGCCGACCUGGAGCACCCCGACGUGGAGGAGGAGCAGCAGGCGCCCCCGCAGGCCGCCGGCCGCCACGGUGCCCUCGAUGACCCCCGAGCGCAGCUGGCUCGGCGGCAGCAGCAGGAGGAAGAGGAGCGCGGGGAGAGCCUGGCGCGCUCGGCCAGCACGGAGAGCGGCUUCCACAACCACACGGACACGGCCGAGGGCGACGUGCUCGCCGCGGCCCGCGACGGCGGCGCCGACGAGGCGGAGCGCGCGCACGACCCCGACGAUGAGAGCGCCUACGCGGUGCAGUACCGGCCCGAGGCCGAGGAGUACACGGAGCAGGCGGAGGCCGAGCACGCCGAGGCGGCGCACCGGCGCGCGCUGCCCAACCACCUGCACUUCCACUCGCUGGAGCACGAGGAGGCCAUGAACGCGGCCUACUCGGGCUACGUCUACACGCACCGGCUCUUCCACCGCGGCGAGGACGAGGCCUACGCCGAGCCCUACGCCGACUACGGCGGCCUCCAGGAGCACGUGUACGAGGAGAUCGGGGACGCGCCCGAGCUGGAGGCGCGCGACGGCCUGCGGCUCUACGAGCAGGAGCGCGAUGAGGCGGCCGCCUACCGCCAAGAGGCCCUGGGCGCGCGCCUGCACCACUACGACGAGCGCUCGGACGGCGAGUCCGACAGCCCCGAGAAAGAGGCCGAGUUCGCGCCCUACCCGCGCAUGGACAGUUACGAGCAGGAAGAGGACAUCGACCAGAUCGUGGCCGAAGUCAAGCAGAGCAUGAGUUCGCAGAGCCUCGACAAGGCGGCCGAAGACAUGCCCGAGGCCGAGCAGGACCUGGAACGCGCCCCGACCCCAGGAGGAGGACACCCCGACAGCCCCGGGCUGCCAGUACCUGCCGGGCAGCAGCGGGUCAUGGGACCUCCGGGUGGCGGUGAGGCUGGGCAGCGGUACAGUAAGGAAAAGCGAGAUGCCAUCUCGCUGGCCAUCAAGGACAUCAAGGAGGCCAUCGAAGAAGUGAAAACCAGGACCAUCCGUUCGCCUUACACCCCCGACGAACCCAAAGAGCCCAUCUGGGUCAUGCGCCAGGACAUUAGCCCCACGAGGGAUUGUGACGACCAGAGGCCCAUGGACGGAGAUUCUCCUUCUCCUGGCAGUUCCUCACCCCUGGGUGCUGAGUCAUCAAGCAUAGCCCUUCAUCCCGGUGACCCCACAGAAGCCUCCACAAAUAAAGAGUCAAGAAAAAGCUUGGCUUCUUUCCCAACCUACGUUGAAGUCCCUGGACCUUGUGAUCCUGAAGACUUGAUCGAUGGAAUUAUUUUUGCUGCCAAUUACCUUGGCUCCACGCAGCUGCUCUCAGACAAAACUCCCUCCAAAAACGUACGCAUGAUGCAGGCCCAGGAAGCUGUAAGCCGGAUCAAGCAGACGGCCCAGAAAUUAGCCAAAAGCAGGAAGAAGGCUCCUGAAGGUGAAUCUCAGCCAAUGACUGAGGUGGAUCUCUUCAUUUCUACCCAGAGGAUCAAAGUGUUGAAUGCAGAUACACAGGAGCCUAUGAUGGAUCACCCUCUGAGGACCAUUUCCUACAUCGCAGACAUCGGGAACAUUGUCGUGCUGAUGGCCCGCAGACGGAUGCCUCGCUCCAACUCCCAGGAGAAUGUGGAGGCCUCUCACCCAUCCCAGGAUGGAAAAAGACAGUACAAGAUGAUCUGCCAUGUCUUUGAGUCUGAGGACGCCCAGCUGAUCGCACAAUCCAUAGGACAGGCAUUCAGCGUGGCAUACCAGGAAUUCCUCAGGGCCAAUGGGAUUAACCCAGAAGACCUCAGCCAGAAGGAAUACAGUGACCUUCUCAACACCCAGGACAUGUACAACGAUGACCUGAUCCACUUCUCCAAGUCGGAAAACUGCAAAGAUGUUUUCAUAGAGAAACAGAAAGGAGAAAUCCUAGGAGUCGUGAUUGUAGAAUCUGGCUGGGGAUCUAUUCUUCCCACUGUGAUCAUUGCCAACAUGAUGCAUGGAGGCCCUGCGGAGAAGUCAGGGAAGCUGAACAUCGGGGACCAGAUCAUGUCCAUUAAUGGAACCAGCCUGGUGGGCCUGCCUCUGUCCACAUGCCAGAGCAUUAUCAAGGGCUUAAAGAACCAGUCCCGAGUAAAGCUGAACAUUGUGAGGUGCCCUCCGGUGACCACAGUGCUAAUAAGGAGGCCAGACCUUCGCUACCAGCUGGGAUUCAGUGUCCAGAACGGAAUUAUCUGCAGCCUCAUGAGAGGGGGAAUAGCUGAGAGAGGAGGCGUCCGCGUGGGACAUCGGAUCAUUGAAAUCAAUGGCCAGAGUGUGGUAGCCACACCUCAUGAGAAGAUCGUGCACAUCCUCUCCAAUGCUGUCGGGGAGAUCCACAUGAAGACGAUGCCAGCAGCCAUGUACAGACUGCUGACAGCCCAGGAGCAGCCUGUUUACAUCUGAGCCGCACCACCGCCGUGCGGUGCGGUGACGGCAUGCAUGGAGGACUCUCCUCGCCGCGAAUG